AUGUUGCCCUUCACCAUAUGUGUCGUCGCUGGGCUUCAGUAUCUAAUUCAUCCUCAGAAACUGGGAUCCAUCCAAGAAACCAUCAACUCUGAUGCCAUCAUUCCCAUCACUCUGCUCACAACCGACGAGGUUUUUGGUGACCUUGAAGGAAUAUUGCAGCUGUUUGAAUCUUAUGACGACGUAUUCAACUUAGAAUUUGGCUCUAUCCUCGUGGAAAAGCCCGGUGGCAGCGACAACGGUGUUGUCAAUACGACUAUUACUGGGCGACCGGUCUACCAUCUGGAUCAGAUAACGGCACUCGAAGAUAUGGCAGAACUUCCAUCUGGGCCAUACUUUUUACACGGGCCCAACCUCCAUCAGGCAUGGCGGCUGUACGACGACGAGUUUGGGGCCUUUGCUUUUGGUGUGAUACCCGACGACCUCUACCAGCCCGAUGAAUUCCAACCUCUCACAUCAUCAUCUCUCCAAGGUGACUUGCAGGCAGUACCCGUACCGUCGCGUCUCUACCAUCCUCGGCCUUCUCCUCAGAAACCCCUCUCUGGUAUUCGCAUCUCCAUCAGCGACACAAUUUCUCUCAAAGGCACUCAUACCACAUUCUCUAGUCGUGCAUGGAAGUCUCUCUACAAGAAUCCUUUAGAUGCUACGGCUGAGUACGCACGAAAGCUGCUGGAUCUCGGCGCUGUUCUUGUUGGAAAGACCAAGACGUCGCAGUUUGGUACUGGGGUGGAGUGGGUUGACGAGCAGGCUCCAUGGAGUGCACGAGGUGAUGGAUAUGAGAGGCUGAAGGGUAGUUCUGUUGGAGCUGCGGCUGCGUCGAUUGGUUAUGAAUGGCUGCAGCAUAGUAUUGGUGUUGACAAUGGGAUGAUUGUACCCGACGGAGGCAUCUAUUCGAUUGCCACAUCCCACAUCUCCACUGAUAAUAUGUGGAAAACUUCUCACUUGGACAGAACCAGGUUAUUGAGCAGGAGUCUGGAGGAUCUGCUUGACAUCACGACCAAAACUCUUGACCAGCAGCCCCAGGAACCUAAGUCUCCAAAGAGAGUCCUCUAUCCUGUUGAUCUCAUCUCAGUCUAUGAGACACAACAAGAAGCUCUCGACGGUUUCGUGACGACCCUGGAGGAACUUCUGGGGGUCGAAGCUCAAAGCAUCGAUAUUGGUGCAGCCUGGGCAGAAAACCCCCCGGAUGAAGCCUCGGAUGAGGACAUGCAGGCAUACAUGAAACAUGCACCUUUUUGGUUAUGGUGUUAUGAGUAUUAUCAUGCUUUUGAUGAGUUUCGACACGAAUACCGGCAAAAGACCCAAAAAGAAGCAUUCGCCGAGUCCACGCCGCAAUUCUUCUGGGAUAAAUGCAAAACAACAACGGAGACGGAACACCGAGAAAACCUCAGACGGCUCGAGAUAUACCGGCAAUGGUUCCACGAAAACAUCAUGACCCCCAACGCCGACGCUAUCCUCGUCCUCCCGUGCGGCAAGUCGUCUCGGGUUGAGCAUCGGGAUGAAGCUGUGGCUCCACCAACCAUCUCUGAGGGAGUCGGGCCUGAGAUCCUGGCUUCCAUCUUGGGGGUGCCGCAUCUGGCAGUUCCUUUUACCCAAGUCCCCUACGAGUCCCGUAUUAGUGGGAGAACCGAGUAUCAGACAGUAUGCGUCUCCGUCAUUGGACCCCAAGGAAGCGACACGGACAUUAUCCAAGUUGUCAAGCAAGCAUUGGAGAAAGCACAUGUCCGAACAAGGGUAGAAACCGGCCGAUUCGCCUUCCCAGCCGACACUCUCAGGAACGGCAGAUAUCCCAAGACCGUGCCUCAACCUCUGAGCCUAUCGGAUGAGCUCUAA